AUGGAGUCAGCCAAUAUUUUCAUUUACUCUUUAUGUCUCUAUUUGCCAUGGAUAGUUUCAUGCCAAGAAUUGACACUUCGUCAGUUUCCAGAAUCUGUAACCAGACCGGUGGGGAAAACAGCUAAAUUUUUAUGUGAGGUGGAUGGAUUGUCUAUAAUCAAUCAAGGUCUGCACUGGUACCUCCAGGACAGCAACCACAAUAUAAAGUGGCUACUGUUCUACAAACCGACACAGAUUGAGAUACCAGGUGAAUACAAGAACAGAAUGUCACUGGGCAUCAAUGGAGAUAAAUUAUGCACCCUGAGUAUAACCAACAUUCAGGCUACAGAUGAUGGAAUUUAUUUCUGUGCCGCUUGGCACAAAGACGUCAGUUUGAAAAUAUUUGGAACAGGCACAAAACUUUCUGUGAUUAACUGUAAAAAAGUCAAAGAACCUGAUACUCCAAAAAUUUUGAGCCCAUCUGUGGAAGAUAUUGAGAAGAAAGGCAAGGGGGUAUAUCUUUGCCUCUUAGAGAAUUUUUUUCCUGAUGUAAUCAAAGUUGAAUGGUACAAAGAAGGAAAUAAUAACAAGCUGGCUUCACAACAAGACGACAUCAAAUUGGACAACAAGACCCAGUUAUAUUCCACAAGAAGUUGGAUCACAGUGCUGAAAUCUGACCUAGGCAAGAAGUUCACAUGCAAGUUUAAACAUGAAGGUGUAACUGCUUCUGAGCACUGGAAAGAAGUGUCCAUAGUGAAAAAGAGAAAUCAACCUAUUGAUAAAGUAGAAACAAGUGAGAAGACUGUGAUUGAGAAUAAAACAUGUGAUAACAAUGCUACAGGUGUUGUGUACUUAAACCAAAGAAGCUACAGAGCAGCCUCUCUCGCUUACACCCUCCUGCUGGUGAAGAGCGCUAUGUACAGCCUCAUGUUGCUGCUCUUUAUGGUCAGCAGCAGACACUGGCUUGGUGUCUCCAAAAGAAUGAAUGUUGAGUAA